UUUCUCUCUUUUGUUUCCCAAAUACUCUGUAAUUUUUCUGAGAAAGAGAGAGAGAGAGAAGAAGAUUUUUCGGAUCGGAAAAUGGCUUCAAGACCAGUGGUUCAACAGCAGAACAUAGGAGAGGCAGUCCCGGGGGCUGUUAAGCAGAAGAACAGGGCAGUGGAGAAGAAGAAUCGUCGUGCUCUUGGCGACAUUGGGAAUGUGGUUACUCUUCGGGGGGUCGACGGCAAGCCGCUUCCUCAGGUUUCUCGACCGGUUACAAGGAGUUUUUGCGCUAAGUUGCUGGCUAAUGCAGAGGCUGCAGAAGCUGAAAACAAGAAGAAUCCCUUGGCCGCAGUGAUAGGAGGUGGAGGAGUUCACCCUGACAAGAGGGCUGUGGCCGCCUUGAAGCCGGCUAAGAAGAAAGCUGCUAUCAAACCUAAGCCUGAGGAGAUAAUUGAAAUCAGCCCUGAUUCUAAUGAAGUUGCAGCACAGAAGGAGAACAAGACCCGUAAUUCGAAAAAUAAAGCUCCAACUCUUACUUCAACUCUCACUGCUAGAAGCAAGGCUGCUUGUGGGCUGAGAAGCAAACCAGAAGAGCAAAUAGUCGACAUCGAUGCUGCAGAUGCAGAUAACGACUUGGCUGUCGUUGAGUACGUUGAGGAAAUGUACAAGUUCUACAAGUCUGUUGAGAACGAGGGCAGGGCUCAUGCUUAUAUGUAUUCGCAACCUGAGAUAAAUGAGAGAAUGAGAGCAAUUCUGAUUGAUUGGCUGGUCCAAGUUCACAACAAAUUCGAUCUUUCACCAGAGACACUUUACCUGACAAUCAACAUUGUUGAUCGGUUUCUUGCAUCAAGGACUACUUCAAGGCGGGAGCUUCAGUUGGUGGGCUUGAGUGCAAUGCUUAUAGCCUCCAAAUAUGAAGAAAUUUGGGCCCCUCAGGUCCAUGAGUUAGUUUGCAUCUCAGACAGAACUUACACUAACGAACAAAUCUUGAUCAUGGAGAAACGUAUAUUAGGUGAACUUGAAUGGAACUUAACCGUUCCAACGCUUUAUGUUUUCCUCGUACGCUUCAUCAAAGCAUCCGUGACCGAUUCAGAUGUUGAGAAUAUGGUCUAUUUUCUGGCCGAGCUAGGAACGAUGAACUACUCGACUCUUAGGUACUGUCCAUCGAUGAUUGCUGCCUCAGCAGUCUAUGCAGCUAGAUGCACCUUAAACAAGUCACCCCUCUGGAACAAAACACUUAGAACGCACACAGGUUUCUCAGAACAACAGCUUAUGGAUUGUGCUAAGCUUCUUGUUACCUUCCAUUCGACGGCGGCAGACCAGAAACUCGGAGGGAUCUACAGAAAAUACUCUUGCUCCGUACGAGGGGCUGUUGCACUGUUGCCACCAGCUAAGUCUCUUUUGGCUGCCUCAGUUGCUGACUGAUGAGAUCAACAUAUGAUGAUGGAGCAUAGUUUGAAUGAUAACUAUGUUGUUUUUGUUUCUGGAUUUAUGUAUCACUUUAUGGAUUAGAACCGCUGCUAAAAUGUCUACACCUUUCAUAAUUACAAACAUUAACAAAAACAAUAAUAACCGGGUAACGUUGCAUUUG